CAUGUGAAAGGAUGGAACAGUUCGACCAGGAAGUCUCAGCUUGUUGCUAGAGCUACAGUUUAGCUGCCCACGGCCUGGAAGCACAUACAUUGUAUUUAGGCCUAGUAUUUGGUUUUAAUUUGUGCGCCAUGGCUUCUCUAUUCAAGAAGAAGACAGUCGACGACAUUAUAAAGGAACAGACUAAGGAGCUUCGUGGUACUCAGAGACAGAUCACUAGAGACAGAGCUGCUCUGGAGAAACAAGAGAAACAAAUGGAGAUGGAGAUAAAGAAGAUGGCUAAGUCUGGGAACCGCGAGGCGUGUAAGAUCUUGGCCAAGCAGCUGGUCCAGCUGAGGAAGCAGAAGAACAGGACCUACGCCGUCAGUUCAAAGGUCACCUCCAUGUCCACACAGACCAAGGUCAUGAAUUCUCAGAUGAAGAUGGCUGGAGCCAUGUCCACUACGGCUAAGACAAUGCAGGCGGUGAACAAGAAGAUGGAUCCUCAGAAGACCCUCCAGACCAUGCAGGACUUCCAGAAAGAGAACAUGAAGAUGGGCAUGACCGAGGACAUGAUCAACGAUACGUUAGAUGAGAUAUUUGUGGAAUCAGGAGAUGAGGAAGAAUCUCAGGACAUUGUUAACCAGGUUCUGGAUGAGAUCGGGAUCGAGAUCUCUGGAAAGAUGGUGAGAGCCCCAGCAGCAGGGAAGAGUCUCCCUACUGCUUCUCCUAAACGGAAAACGCAGAUCUCUGACGACGAGAUAGAGCGACAACUCCGAGCCCUGGGAGUGGACUAACACACACCAUGGGCUAGGCCUGUGUACUAGCAGGCUGGUGGUCCAUGUGUGGGUGAUUCUGAUUUAAUGACUAAAUUAAGGAAUAAUAGAAUAUUAUGACCCACAAUACUUUCUGCUGCAGCCUGCUGAAGGGGUUGGCUUCUUUAUGUACAUACAGACUGUUGACUCUGGAAAAGUGACCUCUAUGUUCACAUUAUAUUUUGUGCAUCGAUUCUCCAUUAGUCCUGGGAGUACAAAUCCUGUGGGAGGAGGAUGAAGUCAAUGAAACAGAGUGAGGUAAUGACUGUUCUCUGUGCUCUCACAUCUUUAGGUACAGUACCCAAGACGCUGCUGGUGUCAAACUACUGACACUGUCUGUCUAGAACCACUGACAUUAACUCUAGGAACUACUGACAUUAACCCCUACGAGUAGGGUAAGGGCUUGACUUUUUCACUAAUAAACAUUUUGCAUGAGAAUCUAUGGAAUUAGCAGGAUCAAGCUGGAUGUCAGAUACGUAAAUAGAUUCAGUUUAAAAUGAUGUGUGAAAUAGUAAUUAAUGCUAAUUCAAACUAAUAAUCAUCAACUUGAUAUUUCAAAGAAUGGUUCAUUUUGAAUUGCUUGUUUUGUACUAUUGAGUUGUACUCUAAUUUGAAGAUGUUGUCUAUGUGUCUUAGUUGAUCUCUGUGUGUCCUGUCUUUCUGAUGUGGGAUUGAACCAGCAGUCUGUCUGUCCUCCUCAUCUCUCUCCUUUUAUCUCGGCUGCUGUGCAGUUAACGUAUCCGUUAGAGCUGUUUUUUAAAAACACCACACACACACACACACACACACACACACACACAUUCUAGAGUGUACAAUGGGUUUGUGAAGAAGACUGAUCAUUGUCUUCCUGACGCUCUCUCUGUUUCACUCUACCAUGCUGUAAGAGCAGGUAAGGAGACAAUGACAUAUUUUGUAUUAUGAACUAAACAUUUCAUGCAUUCUAGAAUGUUCCCUCAUGGUUCUCUUCUGGUUUUCUAAUGUCGACUAGUAUAUCACUGUAUACUAAAAUAAUUCUCUUAAAGAUUGUUACUGGAAAAUAUUGACUGGCUUACUAUUGUUACAGCAGUUUCUUUUCAACUUGAUUUUGUGGUGCAAUUCUCCAGAGAGGAAAGGUGAAUAAAUGAACGUUGUCACA